AUGGGAGAUUACGGUGCCACUGCUCCGCCUUUGCACUCUGCCCCGGUGGAGAAUCAUCCACCACAAUCCUCGGCAUCUCUAAACGAGAUCUCCGUCCUGAUAACGGGCUUCGGACCCUUCAAGACGAACCUUGUGAAUGCUUCGUAUCUAAUCGCAUCCUCCCUUCCAUCGUCUUUUACCUUCCCGUCGCCCGAUAAGGCCGAUCUGCGUCGAGUCUCACUUCAUGUACACCCCACGCCGAUUCCCGUGGCAUAUGCCACGGUGCGAGAGACUCUACCGUUGAUUUUGGAAGAGUUCGCUGCAUCAAACGGCGGUCGCAGGCCCGAUCUCAUCAUCCAUAUUGGUAUUGCCUCUCCGCGACCAUACUAUUCUGUCGAGACGCUAGCUCAUCGCGAUGACUACAUGAUCACCGAUGUUGAAGGUCGUGCGGGCUGGGAGUAUGGGGAGAAACUAUGGAGGCAAUCGGGCCUGCCUCCGAUCCUCACUCCUGGUCGUGCUACGGAGGACCCGUCCUCUGCAUCGUCCUAUCAACCGGAUAGGCAAUUCCUAGAUGUGUGGCGCUCUUUUGCCCCCAAGUCUGAUCUUCAACUCUCAAAAGAUGCAGGUCGUUACUUGUGUGACUUCAUAUUCUACACCAGUUUGUCAUUGGCUCUGCAACAAGGUCAUGACCGAAACAUACUCUUCCUCCAUGUCCCCGGGUCGUCCGAGGACGCAGAUAUCGAACAAGGGCGGGUGGUUGCACUUGCCCUGAUUAAGGCAAUGGUCACAUGUUGGAUUGACAAGAAGCAUGCGGCAUAA